AUGGCUCCCGCUCACCGUCGUGGACCUUGGGUCCCCGAAGAAGAUCAGCUUCUUCUGCAACUCGUUCGUGAACAAGGCCCCAACAACUGGGUUCGUAUCUCCCAGCACAUGGCCUACCGCUCGCCCAAACAAUGCCGGGAACGCUUUCACCAAAACCUUAAACCGUCGCUCAACCGUGAGCCUAUCUCUUCCGACGAGGGGCUGAUGAUCGAACGCAUGGUCAACGAAAUGGGCAAGCGCUGGGCCGAGAUUGCCCGCCGUCUGGGGAACCGCAGUGACAACGCCGUCAAGAACUGGUGGAAUGGCAGCAUGAACCGCAAACGCCGUGGUCUGUCAACACCAACCGCCUCUCGCACCUUCGGCGGCCGCAUCGAGGCCCCUUAUGCCCGCGCCUCCGUUGUGAGCCCGUCCCGGCCACGCUUCUCGACUCGUGCUUGGGCGGACUCGCCCGUCAAGUCCGAGACCUUCUCCCGUCGCGAGUCCGUUUCCACCGCCCGUCAACUGUCUCCGAUCUAUACUCUGCCUUCGAUCAACCGCCCCAUCGAAACGCCCUUGACUUCCCCGGCCUUUUCAGAGGCCUCCAACGCCACCUCGAUCGAACCUCCUUCAAUGGUCUCGGACCAGAACUCCGUCUGCUCCUCUUCUCCCCGCACCCUUCCAUCCCCACAGAUGCUUCCUCUGCCCAUCGUCUCACAAUACGAUGCCCGGCGCCCGAGUACAUCGGUGCAGGUGGUCGAGGACUCUCCCAGCUACCCAGCUCGUUCGCUCGAAUCCCUCUCCGAGAUUGCCUCCAAGCGGCGGUGGAUGGAGCACCAGCCCACUCUCGCCUCAUGGCACCAGCCUACAGAUGUGCCCACGGCCUGGCCAAGGCCAGAAACCCCCCGCGAUACGCGGAUGGGAGUCAACAAUCUGCUCAACUAA